AGGAAAGAAAGAGUGAGUAAUAGAUUCAUAUUAAUGGUGGGGAAACAGGGCCACUCUAUAGUCUAUAUAAUGAAGGAUCAAAAGUAAACCUAAAAAAGACCAAAAAAAUAGAUAAACUACAAAAAAAUGGCAGGUUUGUUUGAUAAGCAGGCAGCAAUCUAUGCAGAGGCAAGGCCAACUUUUCCAAAGGAAUGGUUCUCAAUGCUCUCUGCUCUUACAUCUCACCAUUCUUUAGCUUGGGAUGCCGGCACCGGUAACGGCCAAGCUGCCAUCAAUAUUGCACAACAUUAUGACCAGGUAAUUGCAACUGACAUAAGUGAGGAACAGCUAAAGCAUGCCAUCCCCAAUCCUCGAAUUCGAUACAUCCACACUCCAUCAUCAAUGACCGACGAUGAAAUAGUAUCUUUAGUCGGAGCUGAAAAUUCAGUUGAUCUAGUGACAGUAUCAGUAGCCAUACAUUAUUUUGAUCUUGAAAGAUUCUACUCUCAGGUUAAACGUCUGCUGCGAAAUCCAGGAGGCAUCAUUGCAGUUUGGACAUACAAUCUCAUCCAAGUUAACUCAGAAUUUGAUCCUGUCAUGUGGCAAUUCUACGAAAGUGCGCUUCCGUUCGCGAAUCCCAAGGCCAAAAUCGCAAUGGAUUGUUACAGGACACUUCCGUUUCCUUUUAAAAGCGUGGGCGUUGGCUGCGAAGGGCAGCCGAUGAUAUUGGACAUGCCGAAGGAGAUGUCGUUUGAGGGAAUGUUGGGGCUGUUAAGAUCAUGGUCAGGUGUUAGUAUUGCUAAGGAUCAAGGUGUGGAAUUGCUGUCUGAAGAUGUUGUUAAGGAGUUUGAGAAAGCUUGGGGCGGUUCUGAUGUGGUCAGGACAGUUAUAUACAAGACUUACAUGAUAGCAGGAAAAGUUUAAAGUCGGAUAAAAUGUAUUAAUAUGCCCUCCAACUUUUGUCCAAAGAGUAUUUAUGUCCUUAAAUUAUAAGUGGGUCAUCAAUUAAAAUGGAUGAGAUUUUCUUAA